AUGAUGUCAAAGAAGGUUAGUGCUUGAUCGUGACACUGCCUGAGUCUCGUACACAUGAAUUUUGUGUGGACGAGGACUCAUGGUCUCCUCUCCACAAUUUUACAAGAUCAGUUACACAGUCUAUGAUGAUUCUCUAAUUUUGUUUUUUUUUUCUUGGAAGAAACCCAUCUAUAAGAUAAGAUAGUAGCUUAACUGGUCCAGAUUUUCUCUGCUUCACCUUUCACUUUCUUUUUCUUUUUUGUGAAUCAAAAUUUUUGAUGAUUUUGAUUUUCUCUGCUUUACCAUGGAUUUGGGUUUACGCCAGAUCAUUUCCCUAUAUAUAUGACUCUUUUGGACUCUGAAACUGACUACAUAGGAAAUUAAGGUUGUUGCAUAGUUCCUAGAUAAGAUCAGUGCCUUUGCUACCAUGGAUGACCACUCAAUUAAAGAACCCCUUUUUUUCAGUAAAGGUGGGAAGAGGAAACCCCUGUUAGUGUUAUUGGCCAAAUGGGUUCUCGAAAUUGUAAUGUGGGCAGUGUUUGUUUCAUGGGUUACCCUGAUCUUUCUGUAUCCUACACAAUUUGGGAGUGAUUUGUUUCAGAAAUAUGUUCAGGCAACAACUGGUACUGCUUUUGGGCUUACAGGAAGUAUAUUCCUGGUAUUCAGUGGCCCAAUUAUUGUUAUAGCAUUUCUUGCUAUAAUCCACCUUAUCAUUUCAGGAGAGGAGAAUUUCCAGGAGAAACAAGCUUCCAAACGUCCAAGUGUUCGCUUGUGGACAUUUCCUGUUCUGGUAGAUGGACCAUUUGGGGUUGUUUCUGCAGCUGAAAUUAUUGGGAUCCUCCUCUUUGCUGUGUAUAUUAUCUGGGCUGUCUAUGCUUACACAAUGAGGAAUCUGAGUCUUAUAUCCGAAGAUGAAUUUACUUCUAAAUCGAGAAGCAUCUGGUUGUUGGAACUCACGGGACUUCGCUUUGGUGCAAUGGGACUAUUUUGCCUGGCAUUUUUGUUUCUCCCAGUUUCAAGGGGUUCCGUACUUCUCCGCCUCAUAAAUAUUCCUUUUGAACAUGCUACAAGAUAUCAUGUAUGGCUGGGUCAUCUGACAAUGCUGGUUUUUACUCUCCAUGGGCUGUUUUAUGUGAUAGGAUGGGCAAUGGAGGGGAAUCUACUACAUGAGAUAUUAGAGUGGAAAGAUAUUGGUAUUGCCAAUCUUGCAGGAGUUAUCAGUCUUUUAGCCGGUCUGUUUAUGUGGGUGACAUCACUUCCCGGUGUCAGACAGUGGAAUUUUGAGUUGUUCUUCUACACCCAUCAACUGUAUAUUAUCUUUGUCCUCUUCUUUGCAUUGCACGUUGGCGACUUCAUAUUCAGUAUGUCUGCUGGAGGAAUAUUUCUCUUCAUGCUUGAUCGGUUUCUGAGAUUCUGCCAAUCACGGAGGACAGUUGAUAUAAUUUCAGCCUCAUGUCUUCCCUGUGGAACUGUGGAGUUGGUUCUUUCCAAACCUGAAAAUCUCCGGUACAAUGCCCUUAGUUUUGUAUUCCUUCAAAUUCGGGAACUAUCGUGGCUGCAGUGGCAUCCUUUCAGUGUUUCAUCUAGUCCGCUGGAUGGUAAAACUCAUCUGGCCAUUCUCAUAAAGGUUCUUGGGAAGUGGACGGAAAAGCUUAGAGGAAAUAUUAUCAAUGCCUCUGAUGAGGCAAAACCUCAGGAGCUGCUUCUUCGAACUCAUCCCAAGAUCACCGCUUCUGUCGAGGGGCCUUAUGGUCACGAGUUGACAUACCAUUUGAUGUAUGAAAAUCUUGUAUUAGUAGCAGGUGGCAUUGGGAUUUCACCAUUCCUUGCUAUCUUGAGUGAUAUUCUCCACCGUAUUAGAGAAGGCGAACCUUGUCUACCGAAAAACAUUGUGGUUGUUUGGGCAGUUAAGAAAUCAGAUGAGCUUCCUCUUCUUUCGACCAUUGACAUGGAAUCAAUCUGCCCAUAUUUCUCUGAAAAAGUAAAUCUUGAUAUUCAAAUCUACGUCACUCGAGAAUCAAAUCCUCCAUUGGAAGAGGGUAAUGUUCUUGAGAUUAGAAGUUGUUCCAUUUCUCCUUUGUCCAAUGGAUGUGGCAUGUCAGUUUUGGUUGGUACAGGGCACAAGAUAUGGUCCGGCCUGUAUGUUAUUGCAUCUACAUUAGGCUUUGUUGUUCUUUUUGGUUUGCUGGAUAUCCUUUACAUAAACCCACGUAAGAUAUCGACAUGGUGGUACAAAGGUCUUCUUUUCCUACUCUGCAUGGUUCUCGGUAUGGUCAUCUUCGGAGGUCUUGUAAUUGGUUUAUGGCAUAUGUGGGAAAGAAUAACUGCUACAGAAGAAGAAUCUAAGCAUGAUAGGGUAAAAAGUUACCAGCUGCCGUCUAAUGAAGAUGUGGUAAAGAAGGAUAUAUCUCAUAACGAGUCUACAAGUUCAUCUGCUAUUCAGUAUGGUUUGAGACCGGACUUCAAAGAAAUUUUUGAAUCAUUGUCCAAGCAAUGGGGAAAUGUUGAUGUGGGUGUGCUGGUGUGUGGUCCUCCAACUCUUCAGUCAAGUGUUGCCAAGGAAAUCAGGUCACAUAAUAUGAGGAGACAGAGCCCAGAUCCAAUCUUCCAUUUCAACAGCCACAGCUUUGAUCUGUAGGCAUCAGCACUACCAUUUUCUUCUUCAGACUGUGUAUAUUGUAUGUUAGUAAUACUUUUAGCGUGGGAGGGGACUCGAAUCUUUCUAUAGUUCCAGUCUACAGUGUGCGCUACUACGGGUCCUUAUCUGUACUAAAUCUGCACCUUUGACCUAUAUCUCAGAAAAAUAUAUGGAAAUACAACAAAAUAUAGUAAUUUGAAAUGUACAUACUAUGGAGGAGGCUUGUAGUCAGCCUCUCACCUUGGGUUGUUUA